CAGGACAGCAUGUUUGCAGUCAUCAGCUGCCAGCUGUAAACAUGGCCGCGCAACGAUGAAUUGAUAUGCAGUGGGUUGUGUGCUUCCGCAGCUUGCCAGAAACAAACAUGGCGGCACCCCUAGACCUUUCAAGCGACGCUCCGUCCGUUACCAUGGUGAGCGCAGGGUUGGGCCGCAGUAUGUGUGUAAGUGAUGCGACCACUGUGGGCGGGGUAGGAGACUGUUGUUGUUUGGGAGUUGGGGGGUGUGCGCGCCGUUUCGAACCGAAGGCCGGGACCUUUUUCUGCCGCUGUUUACAACCAGUACCUGCAUGGAGGCACUGAAAUGGUAAUGUUCGUUGUGUAGUUUGGAUGAUCUCUCUCUGUCCAGUCAUUGCCAAAUUCGGAGGAUGAUGAGCUUAUUCUGCACUCUUCUAAAACCUUUCUUGGUGUAACUUCAUCAUGAUCUGCUACUGUUCAUUCGCUGCUGCAGUCUGAGGAUGAUGAUACCGCUCUACUCUAUCAUGAAGCCUUUUGUGCGCACAGUUCUUCUUUAUUGUGUCCUUCAUAUGUGGCUUUCAGAUUCCAGUUCCUGUUUGAAAAAGAAGAGUCCAAAAAAGCCAAACUUUAUUGUUAUUUUAGCAGAUGACAUUGGAUAUGGGGAUCUAGGAGCAAACAUGGCUGCACAGACAACUAAUACCCCCAACCUGGACAAAAUGGCUUCAAAUGGUUUGAGACUUGUAGAUUUCCACUCUGCGGCUUCCACUUGUUCCCCGUCCAGGGCAUCACUGCUCACCGGAAGACUUGGAAUCCGCAAUGGAGUCACACACAACUUUGCACCCAAGUCGAUUGGUGGUCUACCACUGAAUGAGACAACUCUGGCAAACGUUUUAAAGCAAUCUGGCUACAUCACCGGUCUCAUAGGUAAAUGGCAUCUUGGUCACCAUAAACGUUAUCACCCUAAUUGGCGUGGCUUUGAUUACUACUAUGGAAUUCCAUACAGUAAUGACAUGGGCUGUACAGACACGCCAGGAUACAACCUGCCCUUAUGUCCACCAUGUCCCCGACAUUCUGAGAACCACCAAAGGUCUGCUGGAGGAUGUUAUACCAGGCUAGCAUUACCCCUUAUGGAAAAUUCUGUAAUCAUGGAGCAGCCAGUAGACCUAACCAGUUUGCCUGCAAGAUAUGCAGACAAGGCGAUCACCUUCAUCAGGAAUGCCAGUGAUCGGGGACAGCCUUUCUUCCUGUUCGUGGCUCUGGCCCAUAUGCACGUGCCUUUGUCGCCUGUCCCUGUGGCCGCCCAAUGUGGACCCUAUGAGGAGAGUUUGCAAGAGAUGGACCACCUGGUCGGAGAGAUAAGAGCCAGUACUGAUGAUAACACUCUCAUCUGGUUCACAGGUGACAAUGGUCCUUGGGCUCAGAAAUGCCAUCUUGCAGGAAAUGUGGGGCCUUUUAUCGGAGCCUGGCAGACUACACAAGGUGGUAGUGCCGCAAAGCAGACAACAUGGGAAGGUGGUCAUCGUGUGCCAACUAUUGUUUAUUGGCCAGAGAGGAUUCCACAAAACCGCACAAGUUCUGCAUUAUUGAGCAUGCUGGACAUUUUCCCCACCUUAGUGACUCUGGCAAAUGGCACUCUACCAGCAGACCGCCGUUUAGAUGGCAAAGACAUCUCUAAGAUCUUGUGCGGUGGUUUACAGGAAGAACAAAGGACCCUGUAUCACCCUAAUAGUGGAGCAGGCGGGAUGAUUGGGAAUAUAGAAGCGCUUCGGGUGGGUCACUACAAGGCGUUUUUUACCAUAGGUGGAGCGUUGGCCUGUGAUGGGAGUACUGGACCUGAGCAACACCACUCUCCCCCACUAGUGUUUAAUCUUCACCAGGACCCUGGGGAAGAGUCCCCACUGAAGAAGGCCAGUGUAGAGUAUCAGCAAGUGCUGCCAUGGAUCACGAAGGCCAUGACUGAUCUUUCUGAUGAUAUCCGCACAGACAAUGUGUCCACAGCUGACUAUACUCAGAGUGAGUCUGCCACCAUCUGCUGUAACCCACACCACGCUGUCUGCUCCUGCAUGUAAGAAGACUAUGUCCACAUAGGCCUCCAUGUGCCUGAACCCUUUUUUCUUUUUAUCUAAUUCUUGAAAAUUGUGGGUGAAGAUACAAAUGUCAAGAUGAUAUCGUCUGCAUCCAACAAAUGUGUUUUUUCCUCAGUUACAAAACAUUAAAGAAAAUGUAUUUAUUGCUA